AUGGCGAGUAGCGGAGGGCACAUUCUAGUGCCUAAGGCAAUGCGCCUCCUGAAGUUCGGCUUCGACAAAGCCGCUCGGCUGAUCCGAGACCGUCUGCCCCAGACGGCCAAAGCAGUCGAGCCGCAGUCGCAGCCAGUCUUCGCACGCGUUUCUCGACAACCCAUCAACCGCCUUGCGGCCAUCAAGCAAUCUCAGAGCCGCUGGUACUCUACCAAGCAGGCCAUCAGCAACGCCUCUCGGCACUUCUCCUCAUCCACCGCUCCUCGAGCCUCACGGUCAUCCUUCCCUGCCUCUCGCACCGCAGCCGCGGUGUCCCGUCUGACAACCCGCACACCAUUUGCUACACAACUCCGACCGAAUCUGACGGGUGGAACACUCUCACGCAGCGCAGGUGGCUAUUCUCUCGGUGGACAAGGCGCCCGACACUUCUCUCACGCUCCUGCUGCACAAGCGCAGGUAGUACAGAACGUUUCACAAGCUGUCCGUGCCUUCUGGCUCUCUGGCAGUAAAGCUCGUUUUGAUGGCUUCAACUCUCGUACCGGCGAGAAGCGCUACCGUGCCGUCUCCGACCUUCAGGACGAUGUCCGCCAGACGCUCGACCUGCACGCCCCAGCUGCCAAGGGCGCCUUCAUCGACUUCAAGAUUUCUCCCAUCAUAACUGCUAUCGGUCCCUUGGCUGGCAUUCCCCGCUCCGGCACCAGCACUCCCUCCUGUGAGACCUCCGAUGGCUUUGCCGAAGCCACAGGCCUUGGCAACCCUAUGCUUCUCUCCAACCUGAGCAUUGACUUUGCCCGAGCGCUCAAGAACCUCUCUGCGGUUUUCAACGAUCUCAAGCACCUAUCCACGCUUGGGGAUCUGCCUAUCACUCUGCAUAACGCCGACACACUGCGCGUACGCUUUCCCGGCGUCGAUGCUGACACCGUGGAAGCCCUCUGCUUGGAACUCAACAUUCGCCGCGGCAUUGUAGGUCAAGACGAGGGCUUCGAGGAGCAGUGUGGCGCAGAGCUGGCUUUGCUGUUCCCCUUCGCCCCGUCCAGAACGCAUAGCCAGGUUGACUUCAAUGUUGUGACACGCCCGAAGAAGCGGUUGCGAGCCAGCAAGAAGGACAAAGUAGAGUGGGAGCAUAUGCUAAGUCCUGCGCAGUCGCCUGGCUACAGUCAUCGUUCCGAGACAAGUCAUUCGCUCAUUGAACCGGAGGAACUGGGCGAGAACCCGUGGCUGUCUUCGCCGUCCGGGUACUCGAGUCUGCACUCCUCGGAGUUGGACGGCCAGGGCCAGGAUGAUGUCGCGAUGUUCUUCACCCCGCACCACAUUUCGUACUCGCCACAGGGACCGGCUGACGCCGCAAGAUAUGAGGGCAUGGAAGGCAUCCACCGCUUCCUACAGGAGUGUGAGCGGGCGCAGCGCUAA